UGGUUAUUUAGCUGAAAAACAGUGGAUGGGACAUUUGUUAAAACACAUUCACGUUUAUUGCUAUCUAAGAUAGCAUAAAAACACGAAGUACUCAUUUACCGUUAUGUAAGAUUUUUAUUUUGGUGUGAUUUAACUUCAUUCAUCCCUUGGCGCAAUCGGUCACCAGCGUUUACGUCAUCAUUCUGCGACUUCAGUGUUGCUCGCGCCAUUCCUACCAGCGUGUGUUUCAGUCUCCCAUUACUUUACCUUUGGCAGAGCUUCAGCAGCCCCUGUCCCGGGUACAUACUCCGUUUCUGUCUACAUUUAGCUUCGAUAUAUCCAGCCAUGGAUAUAGACAGUGCCAGUUCAGUGGUGCUGCAGGCCUUAACCCAGGCUACCAGUCAGGACACAGCUGUGCUGAAGCCUGCAGAGGAGCAGCUUCGGCAGUGGGAGACUCAGCCGGGCUUCUACUCAGUCCUUCUGAAUAUCUUCAAUAACCACAUGUUGGAUGUGAAUGUCAGGUGGCUGGCUGUGCUGUACUUCAAAAAUGGCAUUGACAGAUACUGGAGGAGAGUAGCACCUAAUGCAUUAUCAGAAGAGGAGAAGACGUCACUGCGAGCUGGUCUCAUCACAAACUUCAAUGAGCCUGUCAAUCAGAUAGCAACCCAGAUUGCUGUGCUGAUAGCAAAGGUGGCUCGCCUGGACUGCCCGAGGCAAUGGCCAGAGCUGAUCCCUGUUCUGCUAGAAUCUGUGAAGGGUCAAGAUGGCCUGCAGCAGCACAGAGCCCUGCUUACUUUCUAUCACGUCACCAAAACCUUGGCGUCCAAACGGCUUGCGCAGGACAAACGCCUUUUCCAAGAUCUGGCGUCAGGCAUCUACAGCUUUGCAUGCUCCCUAUGGAGUCAUCACACAGACUGCUUCCUCCAGCAAAUCUGUGCCAGAGAUGAGCCGGCAGCGCUCAGCUCACUGGAGAGGACGCUGCUCUCUCUUAAAGUGCUUCGCAAAUUAACAGUCCAUGGAUUUCAAGAGCCCCAACAGAAUAUGGAAGUAAUGGGUUUCCUGAAUGCAGUGUUUGAAAGACUGAAAGAGUUCUUGGAGUGCUGCCGUCAGGUUGGUCCAGAAAACACAUGCCGAGAAAAGCUGGAAAAGACCAUCAUUCUCUACACUAAAGUUUUGUUAGACUUCCUAGAAUAUCACCCGUGUGCAUUUAUACCUCUCAUCCAGCGCUCUCUUGAGUUCGCCGUUAGCUACGUCUUCACACCUGCUGGAGAGGGCGUGGCCUUUGAGCGCUUCAUUGUUCAGUGCAUGAACCUCAUCAAGAUGAUUGUAAAGAACGAAGCCUACAAACCAGCCAAGAACAUUGAAGACAGUAAACCAGAAAGUCUUGAGGCUCACAAGAUCAAAACGGCAUUCUUCACUCACCCCACACUGACAGAGAUCGGGCGCCGCCUCGUCUCACAUUAUUUUCUUUUGACGGAGGAGGAGCUGGCCAUGUGGGAAGAGGACCCUGAGAGCUUUGCUGUUGAAGAAACAGGAGGAGACUCCUGGAAAUACAGUCUGCGGCCGUGCACAGAGGUGUUGUUCCUGGAUAUCUUCCACAACUACAGCCAGACUCUAACACCAGUGCUGCUAGAAAUGGUCGAGAAUCUGCAGGGCCCAACCAAUGUUGAAGACCAUGUUCAGCUGCUUAUGAAGGAUGCAGUAUACAACGCCGUGGGACUCGCUGCAUACGAGCUGUUUGACAGUGUGGACUUUGAUCAGUGGUUCAAGAAUCAGCUUCUUGGAGAGCUGCAAGUCAGCCAUCACAGGUACAAGUUGAUACGCAGAAGAGUCAUCUGGCUGAUAGGACAAUGGAUUUCUGUCAAGUUUAAAUCUGUCCUGCGACCUUUACUCUACGAGGUCAUCCUGAGUCUCAUGCAGGACCCCGACCUGGUGGUGCGGAUUGAGACCGCUACAACACUCAAGCUGACUGUUGAUGACUUUGAGUUCCGAACAGAACAGUUUCUCCCAUAUCUGGAGUCCAUCUUCGGGCUCCUGUUCCACUUGCUGCAGCAGGUGACAGAGUGUGACACUAAAAUGCAGGUGCUCCACGUCAUUUCCUGCGUCAUUGAGAGAGUAAACAUCCAGAUUAGACCGUAUGUAGGCUGCCUGGUUCAGUACUUGCCCUUGCUCUGGAAGCAAUCUGAAGAGCACAACAUGCUACGAUGCGCCAUUCUCACUACGCUCAUCCACCUGGUUCAGGGCCUGGGGGCAGAGAGUAAGAACCUGUACCCCUUCCUUCUUCCUGUCAUUCAGCUGAGCACCGAUGUUUCUCAACCACCUCAUGUCUAUCUGCUGGAGGAUGGACUGGAGCUUUGGUUGGUAACUUUGGAGAACAGCCCAGCCGUCACCCCAGAGCUGCUCAGAAUUUUCCAGAACAUGUCAGCUUUGCUGGAACUGAGCUCGGAGAAUCUUCGCACCUGCUUUCAGAUCGUCAACGCAUACAUUUAUUUAUCUGCUACGGAGUUCUUGCAGAAUUAUGGAGAGUCAUUGUGCCAAUCAUUUUCCGACCUCUUGAAGGACAUCACGAAUGAGGGGCAAGUCCAAGUUUUAAAGGUGGUUGAGAUAGCUUUAAAGGUUAGCCCCAUACUGGGAGCCCACAUGUUUCAGCCCCUGCUGCCAGCCGUCUUCCGUGGCAUAGUGGACGGCGAGAGAUACCCUGUGGUAAUGUCCACCUACCUUGGCAUCAUGGGCCGCAUUCUGCUGCAGAACUCCAGCUUUUUCUCUUCUUUGCUCUCAAAAAUGGCUUCCGAAUGCGGCCAGGAGAUGGAUCAGUUGCUGGGCAGUGUGAUCGAAAUGUGGGUGGACCGCAUGGAUAACAUCACCCAGCCUGAGAGGAGGAAGCUGUCUGCUCUGGCUCUGGUUUCUCUGCUGCCGUCUGACAACAGUGUGAUCCAAGACAAAUUCUGUGGCAUCAUCAACAUAUGCGUUGAAGCGCUGCACGACGUGAUGUCAGAGGACCCAGAAACGGGCACCUCCAAGGACUGCAUGCUGAUGAGCCAUUUCGAGGAGCCCAAGCUAAGUGACGACGAGGAGCCGCCAACCGAGCAGGAUAAGAGGAAGAAACUUUUGGCUCUGGAGGACCCGGUCCACAGUGUUUCUCUUCAGCACUUUGUCUAUGAAAAAUUGAAGGCCCAGCAAGCCCUGAUGGGGGAUCCGGGCUUCGGGGUUCUGAUGGAGACUGUGGACACGGUGCUGGUCAGGCAGCUCCAGGAGUUCCUCCAAAACCUCUGAGCUCCCGUCCCGUAUUACCCUCACAACAACGUUUUUAACCAACGUUCUGCUUUACCGCCAUUGUUACAGUGCUAAGAUAGAGUUCCCACGUCCUACCCAUACCACGCCUUACUUAUAUCACACCUAGCCUUGUCCUUAGCUAUCUUAUAUUCCUUGUUGACGUUGCGUAAAAAUGGCACUUGUACUAAAAGAUAACCUUGCUAGAGCUUCCACCUAAUUCUUCUAGUUUCUUGACUUUUAUGGUUUUGCUAUAAAAUGGGUAGAAAGACUGUUGGGACAGAUGGAGCAAGAAUCUUCUGCAGAACUGGGACAAUUUUCUACCAGAAUAGGAAAACAUUUAGAUUGUAGCAGAAACAUAUACAAACCAAACCAGAAGGACCUAAAGCAGUGUUUACAGAAUCUAUUCUUAAAAAAACAAAAAGAAAGAAAUGUAAUUUUGUAUGUAUGUAAAUGACGGAUGAUGAUCUGCAUGAUGAGUUUGUUUUUUAAGUUUUCCUAUUUUGUUGUAACUUUGUUGAAGUAACUACUGAGAAGACGAGUUGUAGGAGGUAUUUUUUUUAUUUUUUUUGGUCUGUAGGGGCAGAAGUUUUAGACGGACAGAGUUGUGCGAGUGCUGAACCACACUUCUAUGUAUAUACAAACUGCUGCUAAUCGAUGGUGUGUGAGAGCACUUUAAUAACCAAAAACAACUGCUUCACAUUUCGUUGUCAUCUUCUCACUUUAAUAUACUUUAGCAUGAAGGCAGAAGGUCUCGAAACAAAACACAACAUUUAUGCAAAAGUAGAUUUCAUCUACAGAAAUUUGAGCUUUUCCAGAUUUAUAUUUUUUAAUUUUCACAGAAAAUCUGAUUCAUUCAAAGUUUAACUCAAUGUGACCAAAAGUCUUCAUUUUGGCACUCUUCCUUUGGUAGUUUAAUAAAGGCAUCCCGAUUGUGUGUGCAUACUUUUUAUGCCAAAUAUAGUUUAAAACAUGGUUUUUAUUUGAUAUUCAUUAGUGUUUGAAGUUGAGUUUAUGUUUUGGGGAAGACAAGGUAGUAUUCCUUUCCAUUUAGUGGACUAAAGAGAAUCCGCGCGUAGAAGAGCUGUUCUUGACACUGUGAAGAAGUUGACGGUCAGAAUCAGAGCCUUAUCAAUUCAGCCUUACUUUUGAAAUGCAAGAGCUUUUUACUGACAUGUUCACGUCUUAGCGAGUUUAGCCGUUUACUUCUUUUCUUGGAUUCUGUUUGGAGGAUUUGAACGCCACACAGUGGUGGGAUGUUUUUGGUUGUUUUCAUGAUGAUUAAAAAAAAAAAUAUCUGUUACUUUUUUUUUUCUUUUUACGGCCUUCAAUAAAGAUGCAGUAAUCAGCCAGAAA